AUGUCUUCAUCACGGCCACUGACCGUGGCCAUUCCUCGCUCUUUCAAUGCCAACGGACCUUUCUGCGCUCGAAGACCGAACCUUUCCGAAAUCCUCGCAAACACCGCCCCUCCGCCGUGGACACUUAGUGCUUUCAUGGCAUAUCUAUCGCAGAAUCACUGCUUAGAAACUCUCGAGUUCACCAUGGACGCCUCUCGUUACCGAAAACACUACAGCAAAUUAGCCGGACGCUACGCCAAUCUCCAUGACCCGACUGCGACCGAAGAUUGCCAGUACGUUAAAAUGUUAUGGCAACGUUUGAUGGAUGCGUACAUCGCGUCGAACGGUCAUCGUGAGGUGAACUUGCCGGGCGAAGUCCGAGAUGAGCUGCUGUCCCUUGCCCCACCAUCCCGACCCGAAGCUCUUCCCCCCCAUCCCUCCUCCCUCGAUCCGGCCGUCGACAAGGUCUACGAACUCAUGUCCGAGAGCGUACUCGUUCCGUUUUUGAAUUCCGUUUGCCCGCAAUCGGCGCACCCGGCGAUUCAGGAAUCCAAUGAAUACGGAGAUUGCAAGGACGGCAGCCUCACCCGAGCCCUCACCCGCAGUUACGACGAACGGGCAAUCCAUCGUCAUCCCCACGCACAUCGCUCAUCCCCCCCC